UCACGAGCGCCGCCUGGCGGAUAUAGUAGGCGCCACAUGUUAACCUUUGACCUAGAAAAUAACGGCUCACGAGCGCCGCCUGGCGGAUUGAGCGGGAAGCGUGCAGAAGGUGCAGCGGCAGCCGUAGUGAGCAGUAGUGUGCAUGAGAACCAGAACCUGCAUGAUGAGAAGUUCCCGUAGUCAUUAGCCAGUAGAGUUUGAAGAGUUUUGUUGCUGCAAUAUGCUGUCGCUGGAGAGCACGCUGGAUGUGAGGAGUAUCGACGAGCCCAGGGGACACUGCUGCGCCAUCUGCUACCACCCCUUCUCGCGAGAUGGGCUCUUCGUACCCAGGAAUCUGAGCUGUGGACAUUCCUACUGCACAGAAUGCCUAGUUAAGCUGGUGAACCAUGGACAGAGGGGGCACAUCUGCUGCCCCACCUGUAAAACCACCACCAAGAUCCCGGGACUGUCCAACGACGCCACCAGACUACCCAAGAACUUUGGUGUCUUGGAGAUCCUGGCAGGGGAGGAGGACAAGUAUGGUCGGACGUUGGGGAUUCAGCCAUGUCUUGCCUGUGACGAGCACGAGAAUGAGCCGAAGAAAGUGUACUGCCUGUCGGACCAGGAGAUCAUCUGUAUCUACUGCCAGGUGUACGGAAAACACAAGGGGCACGACUGCGCCCUGGUCAAGGACGUGGCAGCGAAGGAGAGACAGAAUUUGAGACAGCUUGCGGAGGCGCUGAUCAAGCACAAGCAGCAGCUGUCGGAGGUGCGGAGGGGCGUCCACGAGAUGUGCACGGCCGUCCGCUUCAAGGAGGAGAAGCUGAUGCGGGAGAUCUCGCACCACUUCGAGCUGCUGAGGAAGAGACUGUACAAGAGGGAGAACCAGCUCAAGGCACAGGUCAAGAACCAGACCAUCAUCAGGGUGGCCACACUGGAGAAACAAGAAAGAGAGCUGUCUGACGUGGUGUCUAAAGCAGAGGAGCUGGAGGGACACUGUCACUUCCUGAUCCAGCGCUCGGACCGCACGGUGCUGGAAAAGAAAGGACAGGUGCAGGAAACGUACAAGCAGGUUGAAGAGUUGGUAUCAGAGUGUGUGGUCCACCCGCAGGCUGUGGACACCCUGAGCUGCAAGUUUGUGGGGGACAUCCUCGACUUGCUCAGUGAUUACGGCUACAUCGGAGAACCUCCAGGUGAAGAGAACAACAAGAGCGAGGUGAAGCUGAACGCGGAGGCUGUGGCCAUCCUGGAGACCAGCAGCAGUGAGGAACACGAGGGGGAGAACCAGCAGGGCGCUAAGGAGGUCCUGGCUGACAUUAUGUGCUGCAGAGUUAGCAGACAAAGAUCCCCGGCAGAUGACGGUUCAUCAGACCUGGCCCUGUCGGAGAUAGAUGAUCCGCACGACAUCAACGCUAACAGACCUCCGGUGGGCACCAAACCCAGACACCUGCACUCAUGCAGACGGCUCAGUAACGACAACUCAGACAACUACAGUGAGAGCCAGUCGUCUUGUCUCGCCACCUCGGAGACGUCGUCCAGUGAAGAUGAGCUGGAGGCUGUCAGCGACCUGGAGGAGGGGAGAGGGGCGUCGGCCCUGGCCGAGUCUCCACGGCAACAGCCUUCCCAUGACUCCCAGCGGUCCACCAUCACCCGCAUCACAUCCAGCAGCAACAUAGUCAUAGAAGUCACUAUAGGACAAACACAAACCACAGACAGACAGGAGACAAGUUCGGGACAAACCACUCAAGCUAAGGGGGAGGGCAGCAAUCCUUGUCGAGGGGCACACAAAGUCGACCCCUGGGACAAGCCAGCCUCACAUGUGCACUUCUCACGGGGCAGAGAGACCAAAGUCAAGAGCCAAACAUCAAGGUUGCUGAGUACAGUGCUGGGUAGACGGAAAAAACAUCGCUCGCCGUCCUACGCGAGCACCACGAGCCUCGCCACCGCCCAGUCCAGCGGGAAACCCAAGUGCUCGGUUGUGAACUGUCCAGGCCCGGCCAUUGUCAAGUGCAAACACUGUAACCGGGCCUUCUGUAAGGAAUGUGCCACCAACUCCCUCAGUGCCAAACGCUGUUACAAACGUCCGCGCGGACACAGCCUCAUUCACGUGGACAACUUCCCCCGCCCGCCAAAAGUCGGGGUCGACAACGCUGCCUUCGCCAAAUCCUCUGGGACAGUUCAGAGUCAGCCGCUCUCCGACGCUGCCACGGUCGGCAGCAACGAUCAGGAGAGCGUGUCGGAGAAAACCGCGGCGGGAGGGGCGGCGGGGAAGGGACAAGGACUGCAGCAGCUGCAGGCCUCCCCGCUCAGAAAAUGGAAGUGCCUGCGCUGCGCCGCCAUCAACAGAUGCAGCAGUAAGGUGUGCAGCCGGUGCAACCUGCCGCGGGGCGCGCCCAUCCCCGAGCCUGUCCCCGUGGGGAACGUGUGCCCAGCCUGCACGCUGCUGAACCCCAUGGCCGCGCUCAAGUGUGAACUCUGCGAGACAGAACUGUUACUGUAGGAACUACAGACAAAAACAGAACUGAUGCUGUUGGAACUACAGACAACAACAGAACUGAUGCUGUAGGAACUACAGACAAAAACAGAAAUGAUGCUGUAGGAACUACAGACAAGAACAGACAGAACUGUUACUGUAGGAACUACCGACAAAAACUCAUGUUCAAGUGCAAGAGGCUCUGCCCCUGAGCGCUCAAGUGUGAAUUGUGGGAGACAGAACUGUUGCUGUAGGUACUACAGACAAAAACUCACGUUCAUGUGCAAGAGGCUCUGCCCCCACGGCAUGGCCAAAAGAAGAGAAGCUAGGAACAACUUGAGUACAAACUUGAGUGCAAAAAAACUCCUUUAUUUACCUUCCUGUGCAAGCAAUGCGAGCUGCAGCGUAGUGGUUGUCACUUAUAUCUGUAAAUGCCUUAGAGACAUGCCCUGCCCUUCAACUUUCUUUGUUACGGUUCUUCUCUUUAAGCAUGACAAGCUAUGAAUCUGUUUUGUUUGGUGUUCAGAAUUUGUUUUCUCCAACUUCAACAUUCUCAAACCAGCAACAACAGCAAAGAAGAUUGAAAAUGCAACACAGCAAAAAAAAAUGCAUAUUCUAAGAAAAAAAAUCUUGAAAAAAA